UUGCUCUAUCUUUCUUACCGUCUCACACUUUGCUCAAUUUAUCACCUGACCGAGUUAUAUGAUGAACUGCAUUGAUCGGAUACUUGCCUGAAGCUAACACCGAUUCCCUCUUCGCUCCACCAUGAUCAGUGCUACGAGGCGCUGGUUCAGGCGCAAUCGCAAGACCCUCGCAAUCGGCACAGGCGUCAUCGGUGUGGGCUACCUCGCAGGUCAAUAUGUACUAGGCAAGAUAUCAGAAGCACGAGAACGGAUGAGCAGUGAUCGUAUCGCCCGUGAGAACUUACGGCGACGAUUUGAACAGAACCAGACUGAUUGCACAUACACAGUGUUGGCGUUAUUGCCAACUGCGGCGGAGGAUAUAUUGGAGGCUCUGCCCGUGGAGGAAUUGACAAAGGAGUUGCAGAAGAAACGCGCUGAGCGGCUGGCUCGUCUCAAUGCCGGGGAAGGGACGGCGACAGGGUCGGAUAUGAGCUCUGUGGCACCCAGCCUUCUAGAGGAUGACCGAAAAAGCGUAUCGAGUGAAUCGUUUCUGCGGACAAGCCAACUUGGGGACUCGGCAGUUGACGAGGAUGCGUCCCAGCCGAAACGGAACAAGACACAGCUGUGGAACGAGGUUAAGAUUACCUCCAUUACUCGGGCGUUUACCCUGAUAUACACUCUAUCCCUAUUGACAAUCUUCACGCGCGUCCAACUAAACCUCCUCGGCCGCCGGAAUUAUCUCUCGAGCGUGAUUUCUUUAGCCACGCCUGCGGACUCCUCGAGAAUCACUUUAGAGGAUCAUGAUGAUGAUUUGACGCAAACGCUGGGGAACGACUUCGAGACCAACCGACGGUAUCUUGCCUUUAGCUGGUGGCUGCUUCAUCGUGGUUGGAAGCAAUUAAUGGAGGAGGUUAAGGCCGCGGUAGUGGAAGUGUUCGGCCCACUGAACCCAAGGGAUGAUAUUUCCUUUGACAAGCUAUCGGAAUUGACCCUUCAGGUGCGGAAAAAGAUCGAAGGUGCUACGGAGGAAGAGAGGAAACGUCGAAAGUGGCUGCCCUACUUGCUUCCGCCGAGAGAAGACGAGGAUCACCUGCUGGAGGAGUCCGGCGUCCUCGGGGUCACAGAACCCUCAACCCCCCAAACAGCAGCGACAUUGCGCCAUCUUCUCGACGAGACUGCCGAUCUGAUCGACUCCCCAACAUUCACUCGCGUUCAGAUGCUCCUCAACAAUGAGUGUUUCGAGACAUUGAUACAACAAUGCAAGACUGACGCAUUCAAAUCCACCGGACCCGUGACAGCCCCUCAAUCCUUCACGUCUGUUGCCACGGUGAUUCCGGUCAAGGAGAAUUCAGAACUCAAGACAAAGCUAGCAAACGUGCUUGCCGUGCUUGCUCGGCAAGCGCAUGCCAUCGGCAACGGGACAUCUCCGAACAUUUAUGUAAAUGCGAUGGAUCACGGUGUACGAGAGCUCGAAGCUUUCGCGGCGGUGGUAUACAGCUCGAACUUUGAUUCCGAGCUUCUGGGCGCUGGCGCGAGAACCAACACGUCUAACGCGGUGGCCGCGGUACCAGAUUCCACUGCCUCAUCUCCUGUGAUGGUUGGUCAGGACGACGGAUUCCGUCAAGGCGGCAUUGCUGAGGGUAGACCAGGGGCGGAGGAUGCCGACGAUAACGACCUGGAAAGGGCAUGGGGGAGAGCUGUGGUAGAACAACCGAGUGGUGGGUCGACUGCGUAGACUAAUGAGACGCGUCCAGUCCUGAAUAGACAUCCUCGUUGACGGCAAGUGAUCUUGAUCCAAUCUACAGUCUGGUCUUAUACGAAACAAGGGGGUGGGGACUGUAAUACUAUUAUUUGUAUUAGAAUGACACG